AUGAGCGACCGGAGGCGCAUUAAUGGUCCAGCAAGUGGCACCCAGCCAGCUCUCUUCCAACACGAAUCCAGAACUAUCGCACAACCUCAUCGAUCUCGCAAACCCAAUGAGCUGAGACGACUAUUCUUGCAGACAGGCCUCGUUCCUGCUGCUUCAGGAUCGGCAUACCUCGAGCUGGAAGCCCCUAGAGGAAACAAAUCAUUCGUCCCUACGACUUCCACUAUUAAGCUCUCCUGUGCUAUCCAAGGACCAAAACCUUUAUCCCGAAACGCGCAUUUCUCACCCAAUCUUCAUCUGACUGCUUCGGUCAAGUUUGCUCCCUUUGCAACGAGAAAGAGACGUGGUUAUCUGCGUGACAACGUGGAGCGGGAUUUGGGCAGUCACUUGCAGAAUGCAUUAAAUGGUGUAAUAAUCCCAGACAGAUACCCAAAAAGCGCUCUAGAGGUUGCCGUGACAGUACUCGAAGGAGAGGAAGACUGCCUGUGGAACGAAGACCAAGGGCAGGAGAAGGGCGUGGGUGGCAUAGGUUUGAUGAACGUCCUAGCUGCAAGCAUUAACGUCGCGGUAGCUGCUUUGGUCGACGCAAAGAUAGACUGCUUGGAUAUGUUAAGUGCUGGUGUGGCUGCACAAGAGCUUUCUACAGAGCUACUGGAUCCAUGUCCAUCCGAGCAUGAAGAGCUCUCGUCUGCAUGUGUGGUUGGUUAUCUACCUAACAGAGAUGAGUUGGUUGAAGUCUGGUGCAAGUCGACGAUUGGAAAAGUCUCGGACAGUACCUCGGAAGACCUCAUCAACGCUGCCACUAAAGCGGCUAGAGGCACCUAUAAGGUACUGACAGAAGUGAUCAAGGAGUCCUUAGAGCAGAAAUCAAAGCUAGAAACUGCCAUCUCGAAAGAGGUUCCAGCUGAUGAUUCAAUGAAGACAUGA